AUGUUGUCUCCAAUCGUUGCACGUUUGAAAACAUUGCAAAAACCAACUUUAUAUCGAGCAGCUAAAAAAGGUCGAUGUACAAAAGCAGCCGGCGUUUUAGCAAGUCAACAAUCAUCGACAGUUGAUAAUCCAACAGAUGUAAAUCUUAAAUUAUCGCAGUGUGACAAAGAAAUACGCGAAUGUAAAGCAGAUAUGGAUAAAAGGAUGAAUUAUUUGGAACAAUAUGAUCGCAGGACAAAUCUACGCUUUUUCGGAAUUGAUGAAAUGGAAAAUGAAAAUACAAAUGAAAUAAUAUUACAAAUUGCUGAGUGUCUUGAUAUACCAGUCUACGAAAUUGAUAUAUCACGAAGUCAGCGUGUUGGAAAAUAUAAUCCUCAAACAUCUACUCCUCGCCCGAUAAUCGUUCGCUUCACGUCUUAUCGCUCACGUGAAUUAUUUUAUGAAAAUCGUAAAUAUCUUAGUAAAUCAGAUUACUACUAUAUUACAGUACGCGAAGAUCUUACGAGAGAAAAUCUAAAUUUAUUACGGCGUUGCUGCGGAAUUGAAGAUUCAUUGACAUUGAUCUAUGAUUCAGCAACAAUAAAGAACCUAACGAAUGCUCAUGAUUAUAAGAAAAGUUUACGUGCAUUAAAAAUGGUGUUUAUUUUUCUAUUAACAUCGCAAUUAACUGCGUAUAUUGAAGAAAAUAAAAAUGAAGAAUCGAUGUUGAGACAUAUCAUACAUGAAUUUGAAACAAAUUUCGAUAUUCAAGAUAUGAGGAAAGAAAUUCGAUCAAAUGAAAUUUUAAAUGAAUUUCAAACAUGGACGAUGAUCAUCUACAUUCUUAUUAUCGGUCGUCUAGUCUCGAUGCCAAAAUGUUAA